AUGUCUGAUGAAAGUCAAAGUGAUUUCCCUUCCCCUGAAAUUUUAAGAGAAGCUAUAUUGAAUCACCUCGAAUAUCCUGUGGUUUUUCGAAAUCAUUCCAAGUCUUUGAAUCUUCCCAAUAUCAUGGAAAGUUGUGGAAAUAUUUCUUUAGAUUUUCGUGUUGUAUCCAAAUCUUACAUUGGUAUCGCUUGGGAAAAUUCUGGUGACUAUGUAGAAGCAUCUGUAUCUGAAUUUUCAGCGUGGCAAAGAGAGAAUUUCUCCCAUCUUUCUGAAACUAAUCCUUUUUAUAAGUUUCCAAAAGAGAAUUAUUGGGCAUACUCCAGUUAUAAUUAUAUGAAAAAUGUAUUUCCAGAAGGGUCAGAUAUAUUAAAAGUGUUAAACUGGAAUGCUUUUGGCUUUCCUGAAGUUGCUGCUACUGAUUGUGCUUUUUGGAUAGGAAGUUGUGGAUCAUAUACACCUUGUCACUUUGAUUCUUACGGCUGUAACUUAGUUGCACAGAUUGAAGGAAGGAAAAGGUGGGUGCUUUUCCCUCCCACUGAUGAUUCUUUCAUGUAUCCAUCAAGAAUUCCAUACGAAGAGUCCAGUGUUUUUAGUUCAGUAAACAUAAAAAUGCCAAAUUAUUCUGUUCAUCCUCUCUUCAAGGAGUCUCAUCCAUAUGUUGCAGUUCUUAACCCAGGGGAUGUAUUAUUUGUUCCAAAAAAAUGGUGGCAUUUUGUGGAGAGUUUAGAUACUACAAUUAGUAUCAAUGCAUGGUUAAAAUUGGACUCUGAUCGAGAAUCGAGACUUGAAGAAAGUGUAAUACGAAUUUUGAUGAAUAAUUUUAUUUCUAUGUAUGAACCAGAAGGAGAGUGUUGGUUAAAUCUGAAGGAGGAAUUAUUAUCAACUGACAAGACUAUCGACUACAUGACUUCUGCUUUAGAAGAAACUAAGCAACAGAACCAAUAUAAUAGUUCUUCUAAGGAGGAGCCAGAUGUACAUUUAGUAAAAUCGAUAAAAGUUUCCAAGGAAAGUAAUAUUCAUUCCACACAUUCUUAUAAUAAUAUUUUAAAGCAUAAUUGCAUUGAAUUGCUGAAACCGGUUCCUUUUACAGAUAUUUUUUAUGAAAAUAGCCAAGAGAAAGACAGUUCCUACAACAAGACUUCUAUUGAAAAUGUUAUCAAUUGUUUUGUACAUCCUGAUGUCAUAUCAGUCAUUUGUAAUAAACUGAAAUCUUUAUAGUGUAAAAUUCAUAAAUUUUACUGAUUAAAAUUUGUUUAUGUAA